AAAAAAAAAAAAAGCGAAGGGGUACUCCCUGGCUACCAGGCAGCCCCAACCUGGAUGGAGUGAAAGAUGCGGCCUGAUGACAUAAAUCCGAGGACUGGGCUGGUGGUGGCCCUGGUCAGUGUUUUCCUGGUCUUUGGUUUCAUGUUCACUGUCUCUGGCAUGAAGGGGGAAACUCUGGGGAACAUCCCUCUGUUGGCCAUCGGGCCAGCCAUCUGCCUACCAGGCAUUGCCGCCAUUGCUCUGGCCAGGAAAACCGAAGGCUGCACCAAGUGGCCAGAGAACGAGCUACUCUGGGUCCGCAAGUUACCCUGCUUCAGGAAGCCCAAGGACAAGGAAGUGGUGGAACUCCUGAGGACCCCAUCAGACCUGGAGUCAGGCAAGGGGAGCUCGGAUGAACUGGCUAAGAAGGCAGGCCUCAGAGGCAAGCAGCUCCCCCAGGGACCAGGUGAGGUGCCUAUGGCUAGCUCCGUUACUACCCCCACUCCCACAGAGGAAGGAGAAUGCCAGAGUCUAGUCCAGAGCGGACGGCAGGAGGAGACAUCCAGAUACCUGGAUGGCUACUGCCCCUCGGCCAGUUCCCUCGCCUACAGUGCCUUGGAUGCCAAGUGCUCAGCCUGGGACAGAUCUGACCGCCCUGAGCCCGAGGACAGCAUCUUCUUUGUGCCCCAGGACAGUAUCAUCGUUUGCUCCUACAAGCAAAACAGCCCCUAUGACAGAUACUGUUGCUACAUCAACCAGAGCCAAGGCAGGUGGGACCACGAGACAAUAGUCUGACCUGUUCAUACAAGGGUCCCAUGUUGACAGACAUAUUGCUAUACUCAGCUCCCAAGGGAAGAGAAUCUCUGCUCCAACAGCCUUCACACUGUUAGAAACUGGCACGGUAUGUGACAGGGGGUGCAGACCUCUGGUGCCUGAUACUCAUGUAAAUAGGCAUGUUGGGGGCAUAGUUUAGGGAAGUACGGAGAAUUAAGGACACUGGGAAGAGGCAGUAAACAGGAAGAAAGUUCCAUUUGCUUCUGAACAAAUUAAACAAUGUUGAAUGCUUUGUAAAACAGCCC